AUGUGUUAUGCUAGAUCAGAGAAAAAAUGUAGUCACCCAGGCAACACACCAAAUGGUGAUUUUAAACUUACAAAGGGAACAGAGUUUGUUUUUGGAGCAACAGUGGUGUAUACUUGCAAGAAAGGGUAUAAAAUGACAAGCAGAACCAAUCAGCAUACCUGCACAGCUCAAGGAUGGAACAAUGUUGUCCCUAUCUGUGAGGUGAAAUGUGGACCACCAUCAAACAUCAACAAUGCAGAUAUAAAAGAAAUGAUAAAAAGUGAAUACAAUACAGGACAUAGAGAAAAUAUAUUCUUACCACAUAAUGAUGCCACUGAAUUUGCAUGUCAGAAGGGCAAAUAUUUAAGAGGCAAUAAACCCCUAAGACAAAAAUGUAGUGAUGGAGUGAUGACUUUGCCUGAGUGUGUGUGA